AUGGCCGUCGACGCAAUGGACAUUGACACAUCGCCUCGGGUGACCGACGAGCGCAAGCGCAAGUCAAAGAAUAAGGACGCUUCACCAACCAAGAAGCGCAAGGCCGAGAAGAGCAAAAAAGACGAAUCCACGACAUCCCCGACCUCGACCUCAAACUCCGAGUCCCCAUUCUCUCUCGCCACAGCUACAUUGUACCUUCCGCUAGCACCAAUCUCUAUCUCGGCCUCCCAUGCGCAGAAUUCACUCGUGGCAGAGCACCUCUCGCCGUUGCUCUUGACCUACUACCCACCAUUGAAGGGUAUCGUCAUGGCCUACUCCCAGGUCUCCAUCGCCAGUCACCCACCAACAUCCAAGCCCCGCCACUCAGUCGACCCGAACCCGAAGCCUUUGACGCUCGCCAAAACCGCCGAUGAGUACGGUGUGCUGUACGUCUACCUGACAGCAACCUUCCUCGUCUUCCGUCCCCGACGAGGCCAGGUCCUCGACGGCUGGGUGAACGUUCAGUCCGAGGGAUUCCUUGGCGCAGUCGUCUUCAACCUGUUCUCUGUGGGUAUUGAACGCAAACGUCUCCCGACAAACUGGCGCUGGGUACCGCCCGGCGAAGACGGCGAAGAACCUGAGCCCUCAGGAAACGGGAACCUGACCACAGACGACGAAUCAAGCACUAAGCGCGCACCACCGGGCUUCGACGCCGCCAAGGAACAAUUCCAGCCCGCCCCGCUGGCUGCCGACGAGCUGGACAUUGACGGCGAAGACGAGGACGAGGAGGCUGCAGGUCACUUCCAGUCUGUAUCCGGGCACAAAGUGCGCGGUAAUGUGAAGUUCCGCGUAGUCGAUAUCGAUGUUAUUCCUGGCUCGGAACGGGAGCGCGGAUUCCUCAGUAUCGAGGGGACGAUGCUUACCCCCGAGGAAGAGGAGAAUUUGGUGCAGGCCGAGAACAAGGGCCAGUCAUUGCCUCCGUCAUUCCUCAACGUCCCUGUUACAAAGACCACUCGGGUGAUUCCUAUUUCGAAAGAGCCGAGCGCCGCAGAUGUCUCAGUUGUGGAGAUUGAGCCGGAGGUGAAGGCCAAGAAGGAGAAGAAAGAGAAGAAGGAGAAAAAGGAGAAGAAAGAAAAGAAGGAAACGAAGGAAAAGAAGUCCAAGUCCAAAAAGGAGCAAUAG